CUAAGACUCUAAUAGUUCUUUUUUGAGGUCAACAAAAUUGUACACACUAUCGAUAAUAUACUGCUAUUUACUUCACUUAUCCUUACAUGUGCUCAAAAUCGUUUGUCGCCCCUAACUUGCAAUGAUGAUCAGAUCAUCAAGCCUAUCUGUGAUUUGAUGUAUAUAGGGAUCUUCAGCAUACAUUCAUAUGUAUUCAUCUUACAGUUAUCAAAUAAUACCAAAAUUCUAUGAUGUAGGGUAUUUUAAAAAAAAAUUAAUUUUUUCUGACAACAAAAUCCACUUAUUCGAUCGCAACGCUAUCACUCUACUUAGAAAUCAGAGCGGUUUCUUUCACCCCAUUCCAUCCUCAUUUCUCGGACACUAAAAUUUUAUUAGGUCUUAAUCAGAUACUCCGGUAUACGCUGAAUCAUUCAAAAGAGGCCAUAAUUUUAGUUAAAUUAUAAAACCAGGAUUUCAAGAGGACGCAAUCAACAAAUCAUCCAUUCGAAGAUUGCGUUUUCGGCCGGCAAGCCAAACUUACGAUUAAUAAGAGGUGUAUGCUUAAUACUACAAUUCAGCUACCUGCAUGACUUGUCUAAUUGCUCUUUGUAAAAAGAAUGAUUAGUUUAUGGCAUAGCUCCAAGAGAGCAUACGAGAAGCUAAAACCAACAAACUAUCAGUCUAGAAUAUGGAAAAAGAAUAGCCAAUUGUUAUGUUAUCGUAUGUAUGGAAGCGAUAGCGUGUGGCAGCAAAAGCUGAGUAUCGCAAGGUUGUAUACAUCUAAAUGGAUGGGUGGACAGGCGGCGAGUGAAUUAUCAAAAGAGCAUGUUGGAAUAGGGUUAAACAAGAGAAAUAUGUGUACUAGAGGGAAGGGACCGAGAGACAAUCAGGAAAUUUUGAAUCUUUUAAAUAAUUCUAGCAAUGAUUCUUUUGGGCUCAAUGCCAAAAAUUCCAAAUCUCCUUCUGAUCAAUAUUCAAGCUCAACUUUGAAAAAUCUGGAAAGCUUAUAUGCCGCGUUUGCUAAACAACAGAAACAAAAGGAGAAAAUAUCGGACAUUCAAGACUCAGACCCUGCUUCUUCAUUUUAUUUAGAAGACACACAAGAUACGUCUCAAGAUUCGGACGAAUAUUUUGAUGAAAUGGAUGAUAUACCGUCAGGAGAUCCAUUUGUAAAAGAAUUUGAAGAAUACACAAAAAAAUAUCAGCCAUCAAAUGACAUGCUCUCUACAGAAUUCAAUCCUUUGUAUUUGAAAGGAGACGACAUCGAUGUCAUUGGCGAAAAUCAAAUUAAAGAGUUUCAAGCAUCAGGGAUGUUAGCUUCUUGGGAAGAUUUGCCGCCUAAUUUAAAGCCAAUCGAUAAAGAAGCUGAAUGGAAGUACUUUGUUCAAUCGAAUUUAAAUCUCUCACCGUCAACUGAUGAAUCGCUACUUUCUGUAGACGAUGCCUCUCCUGAGCUUCGCGAGUCUUUUGAACGCCAUAUCGCUCAACUACAGGAAAACCUAGAAGCAGAUUCACAACGUUACGAAGAGAAACUUAUUGAAAAACAUCAUAAGGAGGUUGAAGCGCAUUCAUGGAUUUUAAAUUAUUUAGAUACAAGCAAGACUCAGGAUACAGCCCCAUUAAAAGAAGACAUGAAUCCAUUCCUAUACAACGAAAAAUAUCACGUUGGGCUGAGUUUUGCUGAAUUGUCAUGGCUGAAAAUGCGUUCGAAAUGGAAAAAGCUAGUUGAGCAAAAACGGACCAAAAUAGCAAUUGCAAAACGUGAUCAAAUGAAAUCCGACUCUUCGAUCGAUAGUUUAUUUAUAGACACCGUAAACAUGUUGGCAAACAAUCCCUCUUGUCAAAUCCAUCCGAUGGAUAUAAAGAAUCGGGAACGUGCGUUUAUUGCUCGGGAAAGGCUGCAACGCAAGCUGCGUGAAAUUUGGGAAAAGCACCCAGUUCAGUGGAUGGAACUGUUGAACAAAUAUUUGCCCAGGUCAACUGGAAUUGCGGAAAAAGUGAAUAAUAGGGAAUUUUGGAACCCGACAAACCCAUGGAUAUUGACAGCUUUUACCCGAUCACUUAUUGAAGAAUCAGAUAUGAUUGAGAAGAAGUUUGGUUUAUCAGAACUAGAUCGAAAGAUAGCCUCUAGACUAAAAGCUGAACAAGAAAAUUCAUCUGCAAAAAUGUCUACUACCUAUCGAACCACACAAUAUGGAAGCUAUCAUGCGAAUCGUGGGUGUCUUUUUUGCGGGCCGAAUAGGCAUAGAUUUCCCUUGGAAGUGAUGAAUGUUCCCCUACUUGCUCGUUACUUGAAUCAGGCUGGAAAAAUUCUUGGUCGAAAAGUUACUGGAUUGUGCAAGAAACACCAAAAAAAAAUAACAAAAACUAUCAAAUAUGCUAGGCAUUUGAACCUAUUCACCUAUAAAAAAUCUUUGUUUGAAAUCAAUAAUCCGUACCUAAAUGCAAAGCGUUUCGGGACACCAAUACUUGGAUAUAAAAUUUAUACUAACCCACUGGAUCCUACUCCAAGACGUAAGAAAAAGAAACAAAAAACAAUCAGCUUGGCGUCACUUCAGGAACUUGACAAGUCAGAUGUGCCUAGUUCAGAAACUAUGAAAUCUGAAAAUUUGAAGAGCAGAGAGGCUAUAGUAUUUGAACGGGUUAUGAGUAAAUACGAUCAACCUACAAAUAAUGGUGUGGAUACAGAGACAAACGCGGAAAAAGUAAGCACAAAUGAAUAAUAAAGACUAUCUGGCCAAUUUUUUAAAGUCUGAUUAAAAAACAAAAGAAUGAUGAAAAUGGUACAGAAUGCAAUUGAGUGAAAAAGAAUUAGUUGAAAUUAGAUACGCAGAUAGAAAAGAAGCGGCGUUAUAUGAACUGAAUGUCGAAGCAUUUUUCAAAACGUGAAAGAAAAAAAGAGCAUCAAUCUACCCAGAGAUGAGAUCUAAAAAUAGAAGAUUUUAUUUUUAGUUUUUGUU